UGGAUACGCCCAUCUACACUGACAAAGCAGCGUACAUCCUGUAAUGUGGAUGAUAAUCAAGUAAUCAAGUAAUCCGAGACACCACGCUGUCCAAGGUCUACUCCUCUUUGAGCCUACUGUCUGCUGUUCAGGCCUGCUCAUUGGAAAAGACUCUCCUGCAUCCAGUCUCUUCCGGGACGACCUCAACCUGGCCCACUGGCUUUCUGCUAGUGCAGCAUCUGUACUAAUAUGUUGAGGGACAUCGUGAAGAAGCCACACCAUUACAUGACGGUCAUGUGAACAAAACAAUUUAAAGGAUAUAAAAGAAGAAGAAGUGCGCGCUCUCGGCGAAGCGCAGCAUCAGCAGCAGCAUCCAAUGCGCGUCCCCGCCCCGGUAGAGGCUGCCCGACAUCCCGGGAAGAGGAGUUGGAGCUGCGCGAGUUAAAGUUGGGCUAAAGGGGGGUGAGAGGAUGCUGCGGAACAAUCCACGAUCUAAUUAAAUAGCCUAUGCGGAGAAACGUGUCCUAAGUGAAGGAUGACUUGCAAAAUACUGAGCAUAUGCCUCAUAUUUUUGGGUUUUCAACAUUGCUCAUCACAGGAAUGUGUUGAUCCGCUGAUCUCCGGGCUCUAUGCCUCCUCCUUCCUGGCUUCUUCCAGAUAUAACUUCCUCUACUCUGCCAACUUUGCCAAAUUGUAUGGCAGCAGUGGCUGGUCCCCGUCCCCCAGAGACAGACAGCCAUGGCUGCAGGUGGACCUGGGCAGGAAGUAUCGGCUGCAGGCCAUCGCCACCCAGGGGACCUUCAACUCAUACGACUGGGUUACCAAGUACACCCUGCUGUACGGAGAUCGACCAGACUCCUGGACGCCGUACAUUAUGAAAGGAGGAAACUCUACAAUGCCUGCAAACUGGAAUUAUUAUCAGGUGAAGAGGAAUGUCUUCCAUUACACCUUUACUGCUAAACACAUACGCCUGCUGCCUCUGGCCUGGAACACAGAGAAUGGAGGAAAGAUUGGAGUUAGACUGGAGCUCUACGGCUGCUCUUACGAUUCCCAUGUGCUACAGUAUAAUGGAGAUGACUCAGUGGUCUACAUGUACCCUGAAAAAAGGUCCCGUUCACUUGAAGACUACAUUACCAUAAACUUUAAGACUUUGGAGCAGGAUGGUCUGCUGUUACACAGUGAGGGGAUUCAAGGAGACCUCUUCACCCUGGAGCUCAAAAGAGGCCGUGUUCACCUGCAUAUUAGUCUAGGAAGCAGUAUAAUACACAAAGUUGAUGGGCGGACUACACUGACUGCUGGCAGCCUUCUUGACGAUCUACACUGGCACUAUGUCACCAUCAAGCGCUACGGUCGCCAGGUGAACUUCACUGUAGACAGCCAUAUGGUGACAGCCAUCUCUAAUGGAGAGUUUACACACCUGGAUCUGGAUACACAGCUAUAUGUAGGAGGUGUCAUAGAGAAAAAUUUGCCUCACCUACCCACAACACCAAAUUUCCGCGGCUGCUUGGAGAACGUUUACUUUAAUGAUGUCAACAUCAUCUACAAGGCCAAGAGAGAAGAAGAAGACAUCCGCAUCCCCCGAAAGAAAAAGAUGCAUUAUGCCUGCAGGGACAUUCUGCUCAAACCAAUGACUUUUGCUGGACCCAACAACUACCUGCAGGUGCCGGGCUUCUUCAGGAGGCCUCGUAUGUUUGUCAAAUUCAAGUUCCGCUCUUGGGAUUACACUGGGCUGCUAAUGUUCACGCGCUUUGCUGAUGACCUUGGUGCUCUUGAACUGGGAUUAAGUGAAGGACAGAUCAACGUCACUAUAUUCCAGCCUGGAAAGAAGAAACUCCAGUUCGCUGCAGGAUACAGGCUGAAUGAUGGUUACUGGCAUACGGUGGAUUUGGCAGCAAGAGACAACCUGCUAACCCUCACGAUCGAUGAGGAGGAGGGGUCUCCGCUGAAGAUCACUAACCCUUUCACAAUUCGAACAGGGGACCGCUACUUUUUUGGAGGUUGUCCAAAGACCAACAACACAAUACGGAAAUGUGAGACGAAGCUGAACCGUUUUCAUGGCUGCAUGCAGCAAAUUUAUAUAGACAAUGAACAGCUUGAUAUCGACAUUAUUCUGCAACGACAAUGGGGCCGCUACGCUGAGCUGUUGUUGGGGACCUGUGGCAUCACUGACAGGUGUACUCCAAAUCCAUGUGAGCAUGAGGGCAGAUGCAUCCAGUCCUGGGAUGACUUCAUCUGUCUGUGUGAGAACACAGGCUACAAAGGAGAAGUGUGUCACAUGUCUGUUUAUAAAGAAUCAUGCGAGGCCUACAGACUCAGUGGCAAGUACUGGUCCGGUAACUACACCAUCGAUCCUGAUCUCAGUGGGCCACUGAAACCAUUUGAGGUGUACUGCAAAAUGAAGUCAUAUAAAGCUUGGACAGUGAUUUUAAAUGAUCGAGUGGAUGGUACCAAAGUGACUGGAAGUUCAAUAGAUCAGCCUUAUAUUGGAAAUGUCAACUACUGGAACGCCUCCUGGGAUGAAGUCACCGCUCUAGCCAACACCUCCUUGUACUGUGAGCAGUGGAUCGACUACUCCUGCUACAAGUCCCGUCUCCUUAACACCCCUAAUGGAAGACCAUUUGGUUACUGGAUUGGUCGUAACAAUGAGAGUCACUACUACUGGGGGGGAACAUACAGAGAGGUCAAGAUGUGCGGCUGCGCCAUCAACCAAACCUGCACCGAUCCCAAGUUUCAAUGUAACUGUGAUGCUGACUACCGACAAUGGUACUCAGAUAAAGGCUACCUGGACUUCAGAGAUCAUUUGCCUGUGCGGAAAAUCGUAGUUGGGGACACCAACAGGACUGGUUCAGAGGCGCAAUUCACCGUCGGGCCCCUUCGCUGCCAUGGCGACAGGAAUAUCUGGAACACCAUCGCUUUCACCAAACCUACCUACAUCACCUUCCCCACCUUCAGGCCUGGCUCCAGCGCUGACAUCUCCUUCCAUUUCAAAACCUAUCGUGAUCACGGCGUCUUCCUGGAGAACUCAGAUGACCAACUUCGAAACUUCAUACGAAUAGAGCUGAACACAACUCACAACCUUCUGUUUGUAUUCAUGGUUGGUGAUGGCAUCGUCAAUGUGACAUUACGCUCACCUGUGCCACUAAAUGACAAUGAGUGGCACUUUGUUCAGGCUGAAAUUAAUGUGAAGCUGGCUCGGAUCAAGGUUGAUUAUCAGCCUUGGGCUGUUACUCGCUUCCCAGGUCAGACUUUCGUCGUCAUGGAUUUUACACAUCCUGUGGUAGUAGGUGCUGCAAACCGUACUCUGAGACCUUUCUUGGGGUGUCUGCGAGGAUUGCGCAUGAAUGGUGUUCCUCUUGAUCUAGAGGGCAAAGUAAAUGAAGAGCAGGGUAUACGAAGGAACUGUACGGGACAGUGUCUAAAUGCUACCAUACCAUGUCGAAACAGCGGUCAAUGUAUUGAGGGCUAUGCUGCCUACACCUGUGACUGUAACAACACAGCAUACGAUGGUUUCUACUGCCAUAAAGAUAUCGGAGCCUACUUUGAAAUCGGUUCAUGGCUGAAAUACAACAUACGAAAGAAGCCUAUAACAGACGAAGCGGCGUGGGCCAACUGGAUCGACCCUCACUAUGAUAACUUCAGCCUGGGCUACAACGACACAUCGGAUGACAUAGAGUUCAGUUUCAGCACUGUUCACACACCAGCUGUGUUGCUAUACAUCAGCUCCUUUGUCCAAGACUACAUUGCGAUCAUCCUCAAGACUGAUGGUAGUGUAGAUCUGAGAUAUAAGUUGGGGCUGAUAACACACAAAUACCAGCUGACUCAUAGAAACCUGGCAGACGGAUACCCCCACUAUGUCAACAUAACCAGACACAACAGAACCAUCAAAACACAGGUGGAUUACAUGGAGCCCAUAGUUGAAAAGAUAACCCUAGUGGAGGAUGCCAGGUUUGAUUCUCCAAAGUCUAUGUUCCUCGGCAGAGUGAUGGAGGUUGGUGACAUUGACUAUGAGAUCCAGAGGCAUAAUGCUCCCGGCUUCAUUGGCUGCAUAUCAGGAGUGAGAUAUAACGUCUACGCCCCUCUAAAGGCCUUCUUCCGGCCAAAUGAAACAGACCCGCCGGUGACGACACAAGGCUACGUCUCUGAGUCUAUCUGUGGCGCCUUCCCUCCUGUUCUGGGUUAUGUACCGUGGGAGGUAGACCCCUGGUUUACUGGAAUAGAGUAUAUUUACAUCCAUGAUGACUUAGGACUGUUUUGGAUAACAGUCAUUGUCAUCCUGGCUUUGCUGCUGCUCUUUGGAGGCCUGUACAGCAUCUAUGUCUAUGCGUAUCAGCAAAAGGGCAGCUACCGCACCAAUGAACCCAAGAACCUGGAGUCCCCGAGCAGUGCCAGGCCGCUGACCGAGACUCUAAGGAGGGAAAAAAAGAACCUUCCAGAAAUCGAAGAGGAGUUCGGGAGCGACUAGCGUCACAGGACCUUUGGGAAAGGGGUGUGGAAGAGGGGAAAUAGCACUAACAAAAACCACAAAUACCUGUUUUAUGUUUUCUAAUUCUUUGUUCUUUUUUUAUAUGUUGCUUUGUGUUCCUUUCUCCAGUUGAAUGGGAUCUGAUGCCUGGUGCUCUACAUUGUAUGUAUUUUGGUAAUGGUUAAAAGUUCACAUCAAGCCCCAUGUUGCGUGAGAAGCCAACAAGUCUCACACUGUAAUGCAGGGUGAAAUACUGAAGUGCCUCAUCUAAGCAAGCUUGAUCUGAAUUAACCAUUAUAGCUUAUUCAGAUAGGGUUUAGAUUGACACUGUGGGAACAGGAUUUUAAGAGACAUUUAAUUUCAGAACAUCAGUUGAAUUUAUUCAAGCUUUCAUUAACAGAUUUUUUUCCUGAGCCAUUUUUGAGGCCAAUUAAAGCGAACAAUAUCUUACUGUAUAGAUUAAAUAACAUCUUAAAUAUAGGCUACUUUUUAAUGACAAUCUCUCAUUGAGCCAUUUUUGACAACAAAGCUCGUGAUUCAUGAGCACAUCUGAAAACUGAACCAGAGCAACAAAAUUGCUGAAACAAAAACAACAAACCCAAGAGAGAUCAUACAGACAAGCAUGGAGCUUUGAGAUGUUAAACUUUGAGAUGACACAUAUACAGAUUGUUAAAGGUAUAUACGCUUCUAUUUGUUGUAUUGCAGCCUAUAUCAGUGCAUUACCUAUACAGAAUGGCACACAUAAGUGAUUUCAGAAUUGCCUAAGUGUCAGUAGAUAGCAGCUUUGCCGAUCACAGUAUGCUCAGAACACAUUCUCAACUCUGGGGCUUUAAAAAAAAAGGAAAAAAGGGAGUGUGAUGAUUUGUAGCUUUUGGUGUGAGAGCUAGCAGACUGUUGCUGAACUGAAUAAUCAAAGUAGGAGUGAUGAUAAAGCUCGCUAGGGACAGGGUGACAUAACUUUAAAUCUUCUCAAUCCUUCUGUCUUACUUCUGGUUGCUUUUAUUAUGGUCAAGAUAUCAAAAACUCGGUGCUACGGAUUGUUUGACUCGGCAAACAACUGUAACAACGGUCUCAAAAAAGAUCAGGGUUCUUACAGUACUUUCAUACACAAUGAUAAGCAUCUAUCAGGAUGAGGUGCUCUCCAUAGCCAUGUGGAGAACCGCCAAACUGAACACACAUGCACACACACACACACACCAACAUAUGUACAGAGGACCACAAGAGUGUAAAUGCUAAUCUUUAACUUCCAACUCACACUGCUAGAAUAAUUUUGCAUCACGCUGUAGGACAGUAGCUGAGCACACUGUCUUUGCUGCUGCUUGUUUAGCUGCUUUCAGUGAAAAGUUGAAAAUCAUACCUUCAGUCCGAUGAAAUUUCUGCUUUUGGUGAGAUGAAAUUUCAUUUGAUGUGUUGCAACCAAAGCUUAGAGCUUCCAUCACUCACUGCGGCUCUACUUGAUAUGAAAAAGCACUAUUGUGUAUGUGAGAAAAAAACACUUGUAACAUAUUAGCUAUGCAUAUGUAGAGCAUGAGCGCACUUUGCAGUAACAUGCAAUAAUACAAGCUUCUUCCAGCCACCAAUGAUGUUAAUGUCUCAGUUUACUUUGCUGAUGCACAAUAGCAAAUAGGUUGUACUAUGUGUACAUGUGAAUAUAUGUAUAAUGUGUGAAGCGACCUUUUAAUUACCAUGGGAUAGGUGAAAAGAGUUACAUAUGGAGUACUUUGAAUGUAAAUCCUCUGACUCUGUAAUGUAUGAGCAGUCACUACAUGUUUUCAUUGUAGGCUGUGCUCAGCACUGAAAGUAAAAUCACUUAUGGUAGCUUUUUAGGAUGCUCAGGAUAAAGAAAGUACAGUGCUUGUUCUCUGCAGCACUCACAAACCUCACUAGCUCUACGUUGUUGGUUACUCCUGUUACAGAUGGGCAGAACUGUGCAAAGUUGUACAGUCAAAGAAUGUACAGCUGAUGUAAAAACUGCUAUUAAAGGCACGAUUUGCUAACAAUGUAUGAAAAUGUACAGCUUCGGCCAAAAAUGGCAUUUACAGGCUAUAUUUUUGAGAUUGCUGCAAUGAGAUGAGUGAUAAUGAAAAUUGAUGAGCGAACAGAGUGUAACUGUUGGUUUGUAUGCUACACGAAGAGUUGUUUGUGUUUUUUGUUCAAAGGACAAUCACCAUGCAAAGUUUAUGUUAGGCGCAAGCAAACAAACUUGAGUCCAGUAUGCUUUGUUUGCCAAGUAGGAAAGUGUCGACUUAUGUGUUAUAUAACCUAUUCAUAUCAUUGUAUGCAUUGGUUAACAGACCACAAAAAUUCAGCCUAGCAGUGUCACUUCAUUGCCACUUACUAGUUAAUCAUGCGUGGUCCCUGGAGCGUGUGUAUGUGUGACUGACUGGAUGUUUAGGUGUUUGUGUAUUCAUAGUUUGCCCACAAAGUUACAACCUGCUGAGGUAAAUAUAAUGACUCGCAUUUAAAAAAAAUUCAAACAAACGAGCACUGAUGCCAACUAUCCAACUCACUUAUUGUAGUGCAUAGUAGUACAGUGACACAGGAACAAGACCCGGGUGUAGCUCAGAGAGACCACUCAAGAUCUGGAAGUUACAUGAGUGUUAAAGCUGUGCAAAUCCUAGAAUCCCCACUGCAUCAGGGGGAUAAAGAUGAAUGGCCACUAGGGGGAGUAGGUGAGGAGGAUGUUGGUUGAAACAGGGUAUCUACUAAAUUCACAAAUGCAAUGUUUAAGUGCUUUUAAAUUCUUCUGGCUGUUACACUCUGUGAAAUGUAAUAACUAGAACUAAAGAAGCAAAAAGAAGGGUUACAGUCAGAGAAAAUGAAUGAUUUGAAUGUAACUCUGGUCUCAGUUCAGGGAAUAGUGAGAGCUAAUACUUUAAAAAGGCAGACACUUUAACACUCUACAUGAAUCUAUAGAUACCCUGUCAACACUGACAUCAUGUAUGAAAUCAGACGAUAAAGCACCAGAGUGAGGAGUCAGCAGGUAGCUUAGACUUCUCUGCACCAACUUAACUGAAUCCUUCUGCAACAGGUACCGGAAAUGAUCAUUACAGUUGUUUGUGAUCACUCUGAAACUUAGAUUUUUCUAUUUGUUCUCAAGUAUGCUCAGUUUAAUUUAGUCAAAUGUUCACUGUAAAUGACCAUUACUGUGUAAAUGAAGGCAAAGCCAAAUUGUCACCUCAAUAAAAGAAGCUUGAAGGAA